AUGGGUUUCCUAUUUCGCCUGGAUUUUGCCAUCAGCGCGACAAAGAACUCUCCCCUGUUCUCGUCCGGCUCCUCGCUACUACCGUUUCCCUCCAUCCCUCCGGUCUGGCCACCAAUUAAUCAAAAGGUCAAGCUUCAUCGGAUUUCAUCACGUCCAGAUCAUCUCGCGUGUCCCGACCAACUGUAUUGGAGCACCCACCGUGAGCUAGGUGCGCUGAACGAGGAUAUGGCGGUCUCACAAUCCUUAGCUCCCAACUCCGACCCGCCUUCUCAGGCAGAUACACCGAUGACGGAUGCAAAUGAGGAGCAGGUCACCUCGGUACCUGUUGAUAGUGCGGAUGCGCAGAUGACGGAUUCAGACACAAACCCUAAUACCACGGCAAGCAGUGUUGCAGGCGAUGCUAUUGCGGUGGACGGGCGUAGAAGGAGGUCAGAAGCACUCCUGUUAAGAAAGAAUCUUUUGGGUAAAAAGCAUGGUCGUCUCGACGAGUCUAAGGAAGAUGAUUCUAUUCGGAGAUUUCGCUAUCUUCUCGGACUGACUGACCUGUUCCGCCAUUUCAUCGAAACGAAUCCCAACCCGCAGGUCAAGGAGAUCCUGAAAGAGAUUGACCGCCAGAAUGCAGAUCAAGAAGCGAGAGCCAAGAAGGGCUCUUCGCGAACAGGUGGCGCCAACGUCGACAGGCGCCGCAGGACGGAACAAGAGGAAGACGCUGAGCUGCUGAGGGACGAAAGGGACGGCGGUGAAACCCGGACUGUCUUCAGAGAGUCUCCUCCAUUUAUCAAUGGUGAAAUGCGCGACUAUCAGAUUGCGGGUCUAAACUGGCUUGUUUCGCUACACGAGAAUGGUAUUUCUGGUAUCCUCGCAGAUGAGAUGGGUCUGGGCAAAACCUUGCAGACCAUUUCUUUCCUUGGGUACUUGCGACACGUUUGCAACAUCACCGGACCACACCUGAUCGCAGUCCCUAAAUCGACCCUAGACAACUGGAAUCGGGAAUUUGAGAAGUGGACGCCCGAUGUCAAUGUACUUGUUCUCCAGGGUGACAAGGAGGAGAGACAUCGGUUGAUCAACGAACGCCUGGUCGAUGAGAAAUUCGACGUUUGCAUCACCAGCUACGAGAUGAUUCUCCGAGAAAAGUCGCACCUCAAGAAAUUUGCUUGGGAGUAUAUCAUUAUUGAUGAAGCCCAUCGCAUUAAGAAUGAGGAGUCCUCCUUGGCUCAGAUAAUCCGUGUCUUCAACUCUCGCAAUCGGUUGCUAAUCACUGGUACCCCUCUUCAGAACAACCUUCACGAACUCUGGGCUCUACUCAACUUCCUGCUUCCAGAUGUCUUCGGCGACUCUGAGGCUUUCGACCAGUGGUUCAAAUCUCAAGAUACCGACCAGGAUACUGUUGUCCAGCAGCUGCAUCGUGUAUUACGACCGUUCCUACUUCGCCGUGUAAAAAGCGACGUGGAAAAGAGCUUGCUUCCCAAAAAAGAAAUCAACUUGUUCGUCCCCAUGUCUGAAAUGCAGGUCAAAUGGUACCAGAAGAUCCUUGAGAAAGAUAUUGACGCGGUGAAUGGAGCUGCUGGAAAGCGCGAGUCGAAAACUCGACUUCUCAACAUUGUCAUGCAACUUCGAAAAUGCUGCAACCACCCUUACCUGUUCGAAGGUGCCGAGCCUGGUCCUCCAUAUACCACAGAUGAACACCUCGUCGAUAACUCCGGGAAAAUGGUUAUUUUAGACAAGAUUCUGCGACGUAUGAAGGCGCAGGGUAGUCGAGUGCUUAUUUUCUCGCAGAUGAGUCGCGUCCUCGAUAUCCUGGAGGACUACUGUGUAUUCCGAGAAUACAAGUACUGCCGUAUCGACGGUACCACGGCCCAUGAGGAUCGUAUCGCUGCUAUUGAUGAGUACAACAGACCAGGUUCUGAUAAGUUCAUCUUUCUUCUCACGACAAGAGCGGGAGGUCUCGGUAUCAACUUGACUACUGCCGAUAUUGUCGUGCUUUAUGACAGCGACUGGAAUCCUCAGGCGGACCUUCAGGCCAUGGACCGGGCGCACCGUAUUGGUCAGACGAAACAAGUGAUGGUGUUCAGGUUUGUCACGGAGAAUGCAAUUGAAGAGAAAGUACUGGAACGCGCUGCUCAGAAGCUUCGGUUGGACCAGCUUGUUAUCCAACAAGGUCGGGCUCAGCAGCAGACCAAGGGUGCGGCCUCCAAGGAUGAGCUCCUCGGCAUGAUUCAACAUGGUGCUGCGAACGUCUUCAAUACCAAAGGCGCAACAGGAACGCUUGCCCGUAGCAAUGACAUAACCGAAAGUGACAUUGACGAUAUAUUGCGCAAGGGUGAAGAACGAACGGCGGAAUUGAACAAGAAGUAUGAGAAACUGGGUAUCGAUGACCUCCAGAAGUUUAGUUCGGAAAAUGCCUAUGAAUGGAACGGCCAGGACUUUACCGACCGUAAGAAGGAUAUUGGCUUUAACUGGAUCAACCCAACCAAGCGCGAGCGGAAGGAACAAUUCUAUUCAAUUGACAAAUACUAUCGUCAGGCUCUCUCUACUGGCGGAAGAACAGCCGAUCCCAAGCCCAAGGGCCCGCGUCCUCCGAAACAAAUACCAAUUCACGACUGGCAGUUUUUCCCGCCUCGUCUUCAAGAGUUACAGGAGAAAGAGUUGGCUUAUUUUCACAAACAAAUUGAGCACAAAGUACCGCUUCCUGAAGGUCCUGAGGAGGAACUGAGUGAACGUGAAGCCGAGCGGGACUUGGAACAGCAGGAAAUCGAUAACGCUAUCCCUCUGACAGAAGAGGAACAAGCAGAGAAAGCCCGAAUGUCUGAGCAAGGUUUCUCAAACUGGAUCCGGCGUGACUUCCAACAAUUCGUGAAUGGAUCCGCGAAGUUUGGGCGCACAGACUACGUUGGGAUUGCCACGGAGGUCGACAGCAAAGAGCCCUAUGAAGUUAAAGAGUACGCGCAGGUAUUCUGGAAGAGGUACACUGAAAUUCAGGAUUAUCCUAAGUACAUCCGUGUCAUCGAACAAGGGGAGGAAAAGCUGCGGAAGAUGAACCGUCAGCGGGAAAUGCUUCGCCAGAAAGUCAAGCAGUACCGCGUUCCUCUCCAGCAGCUCAAAAUCAACUACACCGUUUCCACGACGAACAAGAAAGUGUAUACAGAAGAGGAAGACCGGUUUCUGUUGGUGAUGCUUGACAAGUACGGGGUGGAUGGCGAUGGACUCUACGAGAAGAUCCGGGAAGAGAUCCGGGAUUCGCCACUCUUCCGCUUCGACUGGUUUUUCCUCAGCCGAACACCCGUCGAGAUUGGUCGCCGGUGCACCACUCUUUUGAACACAGUCGCCAAGGAGUUCGAGGCGGACGCAAAAACUAACGGCGAGACAGGCAAGGGCCGUGGCCGCGACCGUGAUGACGACGACGACGUGGAGAACGAUGAAGUAGAAGCGCCUGCCAAGAAGAAGAGCAAGAAUGGGGCAGUGAAUAAGCAGGUCAAAGCUGUGAAAGGCUCUAAUAGCAAAGCCACGUCAACAGCGACCUCGAGAGCAGCCAGUGUCUCGUCCAAUGCUGCAACAAAGUCGAAAAGCCGGAAGAAAUGAUUGCUUUUCUGGUCAUCUUGUCUCGCGCUCAUUUAUAUUCAUGUAAUAAUUGUUAUUUUGCUUUCUUUUUUCUCGUAUUUUAAGUUUGGAUGAGAAGGGGUUCUUCGGCUAUGACAAAAGGGUUCAAUUGGAUUGUGUAAGUCCGGCGUUGCUGAACCGAUACAGAUAGAGGAUGCCUUUCUUUCAGUGAAAUGACAUGAAGAUCUCCCGGUUUGCUUACUGUGUGGCAUAGACAGAAUCACGCUGAAGUAUGCAAGCGCAAUAGAUUGUCUAGCCUUGCUGAACACGCACAGCGUCUCCCUGGCUGCGAUGACACUGUAACUAUGUGGCAAUGGCAGAGAUGAUUAUCUAUCCAGUUCUUGAAAACCGUUUUAGCAUAGAAAGAUGUGUUCGUUCCUAUCCUCCCUCGAUGAUGCUUCAUCGAGAACUACAUUCCAUGAUACUUACUCGACUGCAAGGAAAGCUGCCUCGUCAGCUCUCGCUUGCUCCAAUAUCCUCCAUG